AACCGCAAGAUCAAUGAUCCGAUGGAAAGAUCGACGCCGCGACCAGUGAACACCAAGCAGAGCUGCCAGCACACUGACUCUCGCUCGCGCGUAGUCGAAUACACAAACCCACACCCCUCUCCCCCUGCAAGAUCAGACGGCUACUGAAUUUGACGUUUCCGUCAUUUGUUAGCCGGACAAGGAGCCGAGAACCAUGAAGAUAUACGCAGUUUUCUUCCUUCUGAGCGGAAUCGCUUACAGCAGCGCUCAGGACGGCACGAGGAAGUGCUUGGAUUGCAUCUGUCAAGCAUCGACGAAAUGCAACCUGAAUCAGGGAUGUCACAAUGCCGGACCUGAGUCCUAUUUCUGCGGUCCAUACACGCUGUCCUAUGCCUACUGGGUUGACGCGGGCAAACCGGGCGAAGGGAAAUUCGACCAUUUCGAGAAGUGCCUGAAAGAUAAAACCUGUUCCGAGACAACGGUUGUCAACUACAUGAACAAGUGGGGAACUGAUUGCGACGGAGACGGUAGAGUCACGUGUUACGACUACGCACGCAUCCACAAAGGGGGACGCAACGGAUGCCCAGCGAAAUGGGUCGACGAUACCGAAUACUGGACUUCCUUCACUGACUGCAUGCAAGGAAAAAACUAAGUCCUUCGAGCCCUAAUAAAAAGAUA